UCUGAUUCGGUUUGAUUUCAAAUUAAAAUUUUCAUUAUUAUGUUUUGUAGCUCACCAAACUCUCUGAUUGGAUCAGAUAUUGACGAUAAUACCCUUUCACCAACCCCUCAAAACUGUCUUCUUCCCUUCUCCGGCGAUUCUUUAUAGUGGACAGCUGCGUCAUACUCUGCCUCAUUCUCACCCACCGGCUUGAAAAAACAAGAAAGCUAAAAAAUUUACAAGAUAAUAGUUUUAAGAACUUGUGAUCAUGUCCACACGAGAAGAGACGGUCACUGAUCAGAAACAUAGCAGUGCUGACGUAAUUUUCCGAUCAAAGUUACCGGACAUUCACAUCUCUAACCAUCUCUCUCUCCAUGACUACAUCUUCCAAAACAUCUCCGAGUACGCCGCAAAGCCUUGCUUGAUCAACGGUCCCACCGGCGAGGUUUACACAUACGCCGACGUGCAUGCCACGUCACGCAAACUCUCCGCCGGUCUUCGCAAGCUCGGCGUGGGCCAGCACGACGUCGUGAUGAUCCUCCUCCCGAACUCGCCGGAGUUCGUUUUCACCUUCCUCGCCGCCUCCUUUCUCGGCGCAGUCACCACCGCCGCCAACCCUUUCUUCACCCCGGCGGAGAUCUCUAAACAGGCCAAAGCCUCCGCCGCGAAACUCAUCGUCACGCAGUCCCGCUACGUCGACAAAGUCAGAGACCUCGGCCUCUUGAUCAUCUGCACAGACUCCUCCUCCCUCAUCCCCGAAGGCUGCCUCAGCUUCUCCGAGUUGACUCACUCCGGAGAAGUAGACAACGGACCCCGAGUCAACUCGGUGGAGAUUUCCCCUGAAGACGUCGUGGCGCUACCUUACUCCUCGGGCACGACGGGUCUCCCCAAAGGAGUGAUGCUAAGUCACAAGGGCCUCGUCACGAGCGUGGCGCAGCAAGUGGACGGAGAGAAUCCGAACCUCUACUUCAACAGAGAGGACGUGAUACUCUGUGUCUUGCCCAUGUUCCACAUCUACGCCCUAAACUCCAUCAUGCUAUGUAGUCUCAGAGUCGGUGCCACUAUUUUGAUCAUGCCCAAAUUCGAGAUCACUCUCUUGCUAGAGCAGAUCCAGAGGUGUAAAGUUACAGUGGCUAUGGUCGUGCCACCGAUCGUUUUGGCCAUGGUGAAGUCUUCGGAGACGGAGAAGUAUGAUCUGAGCUCGGUGAGGAUGAUUAAGUCAGGUGCGGCUCCUCUUGGUAAGGAGCUUGAAGAUGCCAUCAGUGCUAAGUUUCCUAACGCAAGGCUUGGUCAGGGCUAUGGAAUGACAGAGGCAGGUCCGGUGCUAGCAAUGUCACUAGGGUUCGCGAAAGAGCCGUUUCCGGUGAAAUCAGGAGCAUGCGGUACAGUCGUCAGAAACGCCGAGUUGAAGAUCGCUGAUCCAGACACUGGAAGUUCCCUUCCUAGGAACAGUCCCGGAGAGAUAUGCAUCCGCGGCCACCAAAUCAUGAAAGGCUACCUCAAUGACCCGGUGGCCACAGCAGCAACGAUAGACAAAGAAGGUUGGCUUCACACCGGAGAUAUUGGAUUUGUCGACGAUGACGACGAGCUUUUCAUUGUCGAUCGCUUGAAAGAGCUUAUCAAGUACAAGGGAUUCCAGGUGGCUCCGGCGGAGCUCGAGUCUCUCCUCAUUUCUCACUCGGACAUCAAUGAUGUUGCAGUGGUCGCCAUGAAAGAAGACGAUGCUGGUGAGGUUCCUGUUGCUUUUGUGGUGAGAUCCAAAGAGUCAAAUUUAUCGGAAGAUGAAAUUAAGCAAUUUGUGUCAAAACAGGUUGUGUUUUACAAGAGAAUCAACAAAGUUUUCUUCACUGACUCCAUUCCUAAAGCUCCAUCCGGGAAGAUAUUGAGAAAAGAUCUAAGAGCAAGACUAGCUAAUGGAUUGACGUAAAGUGCUAAAUGAUCAGAAACAAAUAAAUAUGCAUCUAUAUUAUUAAAAUUGAAAUACCUUUUAGUAUUGUUUUGAUACAUGAAUAGUAGUAUAAAUGAUAACUAGAUUUUUCACCCGCACGUCCGUGCGGGUAGAUUUUUAUUUUAUACCAUCGCAAAACUUUCAAAGAUACAGUUUACAUUUUAGAGUUAUAUAUUGUGUAAAUCUAUAAUGUUAUUGGUUAUGUUUCUUAUUUGAUAUUAUUAAUGUAUAAUGAUUUGUUUUAUACA